AGAGCGGGUGAAUGUUGGAACGUUGAGGUAUUAACCUUCGUGGCAGAUCAGACCAGGCGCUCCUCACACAGCAGUCUCCGAUCUUGGCAUCCAUUGACCCAUUGACCCCAUAAACCAACUCCAAACACUUCUCUUACAGAGCUCACUCAUCCCUCUGGUGGUGACCAACAAACCAGCCAACCAAGGAACUCAGCUCCCCUUCAACGCCAUCACCACAACCACCACAAUGCCGCGCCCGCCGCUCUCCCAGAACCGCAGCAUGGCGAUCCUCAACAAGGCCAAGGCCGAGGGCUACGCUGUGCCGGGCAUGUGCUGCUACAACAUCGAGUCGAUCAUCGCGACGGUGCGGGCGGCCGAGGCGGCCCGCUCGCCGGCCAUGGUGCUGCUGUUCCCCUGGGCGAUCCAGUACGCGGGCGACGCGCUGGUCAAGGCGGCCGCCGAGGCCGCGCACUCCGCCUCCGUGCCCGUGGCGCUGCACCUCGACCACUGCCAGACGCCCGAGCUGGUGCGCCGCGCGGCCGACAUCGAGGACGGCUUCGACAGCAUCAUGUGCGACAUGAGCCACUACGAGAGGGAGGAGAACCUGCGGCUGACCGCCGAGCUGGUCGCCUACUGCCACGAGCGGGGCAUCGCGGCCGAGGCGGAGCCCGGGCGGAUCGAGGGCGGCGAGGACGGCGUGGCGGAGACGGCCGACCUGGAAGGGCUGCUGACCACGCCCGAGGAGGCCGAGGAGUUCGUGAAGACGGGGAUCGACAUGCUCGCGCCCGCGUUCGGGAACGUGCACGGCGAGUACGGCCCGCGCGGCAUCCAGCUCCAGUACGACCGGCUGCAGAGCAUCAACGAGAGGGUGGGCGACCGCGUGCGCCUGGUGCUGCACGGCGCCGACCCGUUCGACGAGAAGAUCUUCCGGGACUGCAUGGCCGGCGGCGUCACCAAGGUCAACAUCAACAAGGGCAUGAACAAGCACUACGCGCGGGUGCAGGAGGAGAUGAGGGGCAAGCCACUGACCAGCGUCAUCGAGGCGGGCACGAAGGAGAUGCAGAAGGCCAUCGAGCAGUACAUGCACUGGCUGGGGAGCGCGGGGAAGGCCUAGCCGCGGCGUUUGCCUGUUUGGAGGUGGCUCAACGCUCUGCAUGAGGUUUCGAGGUAGUAGCCAAAUAUUUGGGUCACGAGAGUUAUCUGCCCACCUAUCUGCCAACCCCUUGAUUCAGAUCCUUUGGCUCUUAAGCUGUAAUGGAGGAAGGCUCAUGCGAAUU